AAAGGCUUACAUGUAGCACCAGACUUCAAUUUUUCUACUUAUGUUAGCGGAACCUCACGGUAGUUUUGACAGAAUGUUACUGAUAGUAGGUUACCACACAACUGCAGAAUAGAAUGCCGUGAUGGUAGUGGCACACUGUGGCAGGUCAAUGCAACAGAGAACGUUACUUUGUUGCUAGUAAAAAAAAAUAUUCUGCUACAGGGAUCGAAGUGCAAGUUGUCUAGUUCCUUAUUUACUUUUGGACGCUCCUCCUGUAGUAUUUCUGCAAUGUCAUCCCGACCCGAAUGGAGAACGUUUCAGUUAUGCAACUUAUGAAAUAACAAUAGCAUUUUUUAACCAACCUGUUUUCUAUUGAGGAGCCCCAAGUGAAUGGAACUGUCUGUGUUUUUGAUGGAGUAGUGAAUUUGAGGACACUUCCACGUCCGAACUUGCUCACACGUUUGGAUCAGAGACUUGCUGAACGUGAGCACCGCGACUGAGGAUGGAUUCUCUAGCGGGAAUUAACAGACAACGGGUGAUUCUGGUCACCUAUGUCAUUGCCGCUUUGGACAUUACAUGCCUUUUCGUCCAAUUUUCCAUAACACCAUAUUUAGCCAAAAGGCUUGGUUUUGACACCUUGUGGUUUGGCUACCUCCAAACAACAGUUGGGGUCAUUCAACUCCUUGGAGGGCCCAUCUAUGGCAGGUUUGGGGAUAUAUUUGGUGCACGGGCAGCGCUGUCUGUGUCCUGCAUGGCCUCUGUGGUCUACUAUGUAUUGCUGGCUAUGACUGACAGCGCUACAAUGCUUUUCAUCCACAAGAUCCCAGUAGUGGUUAUGCAUGUCAUACCAGGGGCUCAGAUGGUGGUGGCUGACCUGACUGAGCCUGAUAGGAGAGCCGAUGCCCUGGCCAAGCUGGGCCUGUGCUUUGGCAUUGGCAUGAUCUCGGGCUCAACGCUAGGGGGCAUCCUCAGCACACGCUACGGGGAGACUUUCACUGCUUCUAUUGCUGCUGCUGCAAGUCUUGUCAACGUGCUGUUGGUGUUGAACUUCAUCCCCAAACACACAAAGCAACAGAGCACACAGGAGCAGAAAGAAACCAAGAGCUACUCCGUGUUUACCAGGCUGAUGAGAUACCCGGGAGUAGCCAAGACCUUCACCGUCAAAAUCGCCUCCGGCCUCCCCUCAGGUAUUUUCCAAGUCAUGUUUUCCAUCAUCGCCAUCAACUUCUUCCAGUUGCAGCCCGAGCAGAACGGCUACCUCAUGGCCUACUUUGGCGUCAUGCAGAUGAUCAUGCAGGGGGCCGUGAUUGGACGCAUGACCUCCAGAUACCCAGAGAGCUCUCUCCUGCUCCUGUCUGUUGCUGUGGCUAGCGUGGUGGGCCUAGCCCAGGCUCUGAUGGCCAAUGUGUUCCAGUUCUGCUUCAUUGUCAUCCCCAUGAUGUUCUCCCUCAGCAUGUUCAACGUCAUCACAGACAGCAUGCUCACCAAGAGUGUCCCUGCCACAGAUACAGGCACCAUGAUGGGCCUGUGCGCCUCAGUACAAUCCCUCAUGCGCACUGUCGGACCCACCAUUGGAGGCUUCCUGUAUGAAAACUACGGUGUGCCUUCCUUUGGAGUCAUACAGUGUGCUGUAAACAUGGUCGUUUUUGCUUUCCUUUUCAUGGACAGGAGAAAAGAAGCCAUCAAAGACAGUUAGAGAUGCACUAAGCACAGCCAGACUGGACUGCAUUAAUCCUGAGGCUAUCUUUUAGAGAACGAACACUCAGGCCUUCUGUACCAUAAAACUGUGAAUAUGA